AGACAGAGGUCUGUUUUGAUGCGAUAUUUGCUGUAACAUGUCAACCUACCACACACGACUUAAUAAAUCACUGUAUGUAUCAAAAUUAUUCACCAUACGCAGACAAAACUGGAGAGAUCUCUACACAGAAAGAAACGAGUCUUGUCAAUCAGACACAGACGGAGGCAGUUUCCUAGAUUGAGGCACCGGCACCAGCAGGCCUCAGAGAGCACCGGCAUGAUGGAGGGGGGUAUGCAGCUGCUCAAUAGAGAUGGCCACAGCAUCUCGCACAACUCCAAGCGCCAUUACCAUGACGCCUUUGUGUCCAUGAACCGCAUGCGACAGCGCAGCCUGCUCUGCGACAUCGUGCUCCAUGUGGCCAACAAGGAGAUCAAGGCACACAAGGUGGUCCUGGCCUCCUGCAGUCCAUACUUCCAUGCCAUGUUUACAAAUGAGAUGUCAGAGAGCCAUCAGACUCAUGUGACCCUGCAUGACAUUGACCCCCAGGCCCUAGAGCAGCUGGUGCAGUAUGCCUACACUGCCGAGAUUGUAGUAGGGGAAGGAAACGUUCAGACCCUCCUGCCCGCAGCUAGUCUCCUCCAACUCAAUGGAGUAAGAGAUGCCUGCUGUAAAUUCCUCCUCAGCCAGCUGGACCCCUCCAACUGCCUGGGUAUCCGCUGCUUUGCAGACACUCACUCCUGCAGUGACCUGCUCAAGUCGGCCCAUAAGUACGUCCUGCAGCAUUUUGUGGAGGUGUCAAAGACUGAGGAGUUUAUGCUGCUACCUCUGAAACAGGUGCUGGAUCUGAUAUCCAGUGAUAACCUGAACGUCCCAUCUGAGGAGGAGGUGUACAGGGCCGUGCUGUGCUGGGUCAAGCAUGACAUGGAUGGGCGGAGGCAACAUGUGCCCAGGCUGAUGAAGUGUGUUCGGCUGCCCCUGCUGACACGAGACUUUCUCAUGAGUAAUGUGGAUACAGAGCUGCUGGUGCGUCAUCACUCUGAGUGCAAAGACCUGCUGAUCGAGGCACUGAAGUAUCACCUGAUGCCCGAGCAGAGAGGCGUGCUCAGCAACAGCCGUACCCGUCCACGGCGCUGCGAGGGUGCAAGCCCAGUUCUCUUUGCCGUAGGUGGAGGCAGUCUUUUUGCUAUUCAUGGAGACUGUGAGGCUUAUGACACCAGGACAGAUCGCUGGCACAUGGUGGCGUCCAUGUCAACACGACGGGCACGAGUUGGAGUGGCUGCUAUCGGAAACAAGCUCUAUGCUGUGGGCGGGUAUGAUGGCACCUCUGAUUUGGCCACUGUAGAGUCAUAUGAUCCAGUAACUAAUGUGUGGCAGCCUGAAGUUUCCAUGGGAACGAGGAGGAGUUGUUUAGGUGUAGCCGUACUACAUGGUCUGCUGUAUGCUGCAGGAGGAUAUGAUGGUGCUUCCUGUCUCAACAGUGCGGAGAGGUAUGACCCUCUGACCAGUACCUGGACCUCCAUCGCUGCUAUGAGCACCAGGAGGCGAUAUGUCAGAGUGGCUACAUUAGAUGGUAGUCUGUAUGCGGUUGGUGGGUACGACAGCUCCUCGCACUUAGCCACAGUUGAAAAGUAUGACCCACAGAGUAAUGCCUGGACUGCCAUUGCCAACAUGCUGAGCAGGAGAAGCAGUGCUGGGGUGGCAGUACUGGAGGGCAUGCUUUAUGUUGCUGGGGGCAAUGAUGGAACCAGCUGCCUUAAUUCAGUGGAAAGAUAUAAUCCAAAAACCAACACCUGGGAGGGAGUGGCCCCCAUGAACAUCCGCAGGAGCACUCAUGACCUGGUUGCCAUGGACGGCUGGUUGUAUGCAGUUGGAGGCAAUGAUGGAAGCUCUAGUCUCAACUCCAUAGAAAAGUACAACCCCCGAAGCAACAAGUGGGUUGCGGCGUCAUGCAUGUUCACGCGCCGUAGCAGUGUAGGAGUCGCUGUUCUGGAGCUCCUCAACUUUCCUCCUCCAUCCUCCCCCACUCUUUCCGUCUCCUCCACCAGUCUUUGACAAAUGGUAAAGUUCCACCUUAGCUCCAGCAGCCUGCCCUGCGUGGCCAAGAGGCGCAACUGCUCGGUGUGAGCUAGUGCUAAAUGGGCAGUGCCCUCCAGUGCCCUCCCUCUGCCUGGAGAAAUACUACAGCCUUCCACAGAUCAUGAGGGUAAAAAAGGCUGAAAAGAAAAGAAAAUACACUCUCACACACUCCAAACCCAUGUUGCUCUGCCAUUUUGCAGUCACUUUGUGUAUGGUGUAUAUUUAAAUGUAUAUGAUUUAUGAUUCUUUUUUGAGAUAUUAGAAUAUAUAUAUAUAUAUGAACAUCUUGGAAUGUAGCUCUUGACAGACUCUGCCAUGCAUGUUUACAGAAAUUUUGUCUUGGCGGACAAUAAUAUUGUUGUGCUGCUGUGCCACACUAGGUGGCAGUAAUGCGCAGUGCUGCCCUGUCCCAAUACAGACACACAUGGAUGUACGGAAGCAGAAAAUCUCACAAAACUGUGGCUGGACUCUUUUGUUUUAUGUAUUUUCCUAUUUAUUUAUUAAAUGUAAUAUAAACAUAUGACACUUUCAGAGAUGUUUGAAGGACCAUGUCUUUUUCAAGAUGGGAGAUACUAUAGUUUUAACAUACAUGAUUAUUACAUAUCAGAGAAGCACUGGGUUUAUUUUGGUAUGAAAUGUGAUUAUAGGGAGUGGAUCAUGUUUUAUCUGUUGUGUUCAGCUGCCUUUCUAUAGUCUUGAAUUAAAAGCCUUUGAGAGUAUGAGCUCUAUAUGAGUACAAGCUCUGCUAAUAUGACACGUUUAGAUAUUACUUAACAGGAAAAAUGUCUUUUGACUGAAGACAAUAGCCAUACCUAAAACUAGCUGUGACAUAAAAGCUGCACUUUGCCAUUUCUCAUUGUUUUAGAAGGGUGAUCAGGGCUCAGAUCAAAUUCUGAUUAACAGUCAGUAAUACUGAGACUUCAAUAUCAAGCCCUUGUACCAAUGUGAGUAACUUAGCUCUUAUAAGCUCUUUGUGUUUUCAGUCACAUUUAUUGGCAUUACCUAUUAUUUGGCCUAAAGUCUUUAGUUUGUUUCUGGAUUUUAUCCAUUCAUUGUUCAAGCAGGUUGAUCACAUUAAAGUAUGGGACUAUUUUUCCAUAAACAACACCAUUCUAAUAUAUAUAUAUAUAUAUAUAUAUAUAUAUAUAUAUAUAUAUAUAUUGCAUUUCCCAAACAUUCCUUUCUUUUCACGGUUGUCAGUUUACAAAGUUUUAUUAGAUCUAGAUAGUUUAUUGUGUAGUGUUGUGAUGUCAUUGGUAGCAGUAACUACCAAUGCAUCUUACCUCAGAUGGACAGAUUACUGAACAAUGGAUUUUAUGAACGGUUUGGAGUUAAGCUGUUGAGAGCACAGCUCAUCCUGAAACAAGAUGAGGCUCGUUAAGUCAGUCCUGCUCUCUGCCAUUUCAAUUAGAUUUAGAAAUGUAGCAUGGUAAAAUAUGAUUUCAAAACUUCUGAGAAGUUAUGAUUUAUUUUCCUUUUUUUAAGGACUUGAUUUUAAAUUUGUUUUAGGUCAGUGUAAAGUCGGUGUCCAGGGAAAUCAGAGAAUAUGUUUGUGUGUCUGAGUACUGCAGAACAUUUUCUGUAGUGGUGAAAAGACAUGCACUUUAACAGUAACUGAGUAUGUACAGUAAAGUUGAAGUCAGAAGUUUACAUACACCGACCUUAGCCAAAUACAUUUAAACUCAGUUUUUCACAAUUGCUGACAUUUAAUCAUAGAAAACAUUCCCUGUCUAAGGUCAGUUAGGAUCACUACUUGUGAAAUGUCAGAAUAAUAGAGUAGAGAGAAUAAUUUAUUUCAGCUUUUGUUUCAGGGCAGAGGUUUACACACACUUUGUCAGUAUUUGGUAACAUUGCCUUUAAAUUGUUUAACUUGGGUCAAAUGUUUUGGGCAGCCUUCCACAAGCUUCUCACACUAAGUUGCUGCAAUUUUUGCCCAUUCCUCCAGAGUGAACUGGUGUAAAUGAGACUGGUUUGAAGGCCUCCUUUCUCACACAUGCUUUUUCAGUUCUGCCCCCAAAUGUUCUAUCAGACUGAGGUCAGGGCUUUGUGAUGGCCACUCCACUCCAUUUUGCCACAUGUUUGGAGGUAUGCUUGGGGUCAUUGUCCAUUUUGAAAACCCAUAUGCAACCAAGCUUUAACUUCAUGGCUCAUGUCUUGACAUGUUGCUUCAAUAUAUCUACAUAAUUUUCCUUCCUCAUGAUGCCGUUUAUUUUGUGAAGCACACCAGUCCCUCCUGCAGCAAAGCACCCCCUCAACAUGAUGCUGCCACCCCCAUGCUUCAUGGUUGGGGUGGUGUUCUUCGGCUUGCAAGUCUCACCCUUAUUCCUCCAAACAUAACGAUGGCCAUUUUGGCCAAAAAGUUACAUUUUUGUUUCAUCAGACCAGAGCAAAUUUCUCCAAAAAGUAAGAUGUUUGUCCUCAUGUGCACUUGCAAACUAUAGUCUGGCUUUUUUAUGGCAGCUUUGGAGCAUUGACUUGCUCAGCAGCCUUUCAGGUUAUGUCGAUAUAGGACUUGUUUUACUGUGGAUAUAGAUACUUGUCUACCUGUUUCCUCCAGCAUCUUCAUAAGGUCCAUUACUGUUGUUCUGGGAUUGAUUUGCACUUUAUGCCCCAAAUUAUGUUCAUCUCUGUGAGACAGAAUGGGUCUCCUUCCUGAGCUGUAUGAUGGCUAUGUGGUCCAAUGGUGUUUAUACUUCCGUACUAUUGUUUGUACAGAUGGUACCUUCAAGCGUUUGGAAAUUGCUCCCAAGGAUGAACCAGACUUGUGGAGGUCCACAAUUUUUUGGUUUAUUUCUUUUGAUUUUCCCAUGAUGCCAAGCAAAGAGGCACUGAGUUUGAAGUUAGGCCUUAAAAUACAUCCACAGGUACACCUCCAAUUGACUCCAAUUAGCCAAUUAUCCUAUCAGAAGCUAAUUGACUAAUUGCCUAAAUGGUUGACAUCAUUUUCUGGAAUUUUCAUAGCUGCAUAAAGGCUGAGUUUACUUAGUGAAUGUAAACUUCUGACCCACUGGAUUUAUGAUAUUGUCAAUUAAAUGUGAAACAAUCUGUCGGUAAACAAUUGUUGGAAGAAUUUCUUGUGUCAUGCACAAAGUAAAUGUCCUAAACUACUUGCCAAAACUAUAGUUUGCUAAUAUGAAAUCUGUGGAGUGGUUAAAAAAACAUUUUGGGUGAAAACUUCUGACUUCAACUGUAUAUAAAAACACAUGACCACAAUCCACCCAACAGAAUGGAACCAUAACCAAAUAUACUAAUACUUUGUGCAAUUGUCUUUGUAACUUGUAUUUUAACUGUGGCUUUCGUUUCUUUCUUUCCUUUUUAAUUUGGAUUGCAGUGUUGUUAUAUGUGUCAUUUAUUUAUAUUGUGCUGGUUAUGUUUUGCUAUAUUUAAGAACAAAUGUCAAAAAUAUUUUUUUGCACUAAUGUAAAAUGGAGCAAUACACUGCUGUAUAAAAACACAACACAUUACUGUAAAUGGAAUAAAGAUGAUUU